UUAAUCAUUAGCGUAUAUAGGCUGCUAUAGUUAUUUUACGGAAAUAAUCAGUUUGGCUGCAGCCAAAACUCUUUUCGUAAAAUAGGCAAUUGUAUCGAUGCGUUACUUGACAUCCCUAGUUAGUACUUGGUUUGUAUACCUAAAUAUAAAUACUAAUUUAUUCAAUUUUUGGCCACACUUGAGUAAAAUAGACCAUAAAAUUGUAUAUUUGUCUCCUUUUCUCUUACGAGUAAAAUCGGUAUGAGUGAGUGUGUCAAAGUGAUAAAUAACUUUCAUUUUAAAAAUAUUUCUGCCCCGAUCACAGGUGUUAUAAAAGGCUUCAGCGCAGUCGUAAAUUUUAAUCUAGCGCCUGGUUCGGUGCAAGCGCAAACUUUUUAAUUUCAAAAUAUGUUUUUUAAACAACUAACGAUUAUUUUCUUAGUUGCUAUAGUAAGAAGUCAAAGUGUAAGUCAAGGUCCCAAAGUACGUCUGGCCAACGGUGUUUUGCAGGGAAUCUGGAGAGUUUCCACAAAUGGCAGAAGCUUUGUAAGCUUUUUAGGAGUACCCUACGCCCGGCCGCCGAUCGGAAAAUAUAGAUUUCGAGAGCCGCAAGCCGCAAAGCCGUGGCCUGGAGUAUGGAAUGCCUCAAGAGUACUCUCCGCAUGUCUUCAGUACGACCCCGUCCCAGAUGAAAUCAUAGGCAGCGAAGACUGUCUUUUUGUAAACAUCCACACGCCGAAACCAAAAGCCGAUGCCCUGUUACCCGUCGUAAUCUUCAUCCACGGUGGAGCCUUCAUGUACGGAGCUGGAGGAGAAUAUGAUGGUGUCCACAUGAUGGAUAGAGAUUUAGUCGUCGUCACAAUAAACUAUCGUUUAGGACCGCUAGGUUUCCUGAGCACAGGUGAUGAUCAAAUACCAGGCAAUAUUGGUCUAAAGGAUCAGUCCUUCGCCUUGAAGUGGGUUCGGGAUAACAUUAUCAGUUUUGGCGGAAACCCUGACAGCAUCACACUCACUGGCUGUUCUGCUGGUAGCGCCAGUGUGCACUAUCAUUAUCUGUCACCGCUUUCUAGAGGUACAUUCCACCGAGGAAUUGCGUUCAGCGGUUCAGCGUUUUCAUCGUGGGCACUUGCUAUUAAACCUUUAGAAAAGGCCAAAGAGCUUGCCACAAUUGUCGGUUGUCCCACCGCCAAUACUGAAGAUAUGGCUGAGUGCUUAAAGACCAGACCUGGAGAGGUUUUGGUCAACGCCCAAAUUCAGAUGUUUGACUGGACAGUCAACUGGUUCACUAUAUUCACUCCAACAGUGGAGGCAUCAAAUGUGAAGAAUCCUUUCCUCACUCAAUACCCUUACUUCGCGAGUCAAGCUGGUGCUAUGCAGCGAUUACCACUUAUAACCUCUGUGACUUCUGAAGAAGGAUUAUAUCCUGCUGCAGCUUACCAAGAAACCCCGAGCAUCUUACCUGAACUGGAGUCAAGAUGGGAAGAGCUGGCUAGCACCAUUUUCGAGUAUAACGACACUUUGCCCCUUAACGAGCGUUACAGAGUCGCUAGAAAGAUCAAACAGGAGUACCUAAAUGGCAGACCAGUUGGACAGUACACAUUUGACGAACUUGUUCAAGCCCUUGGAGACCGUUUGUUUGUGGUAGGCGUCGGCAAACUUGCUCAAAUUCACGCCAAAACGUCUCUUCAACCGACCUAUGUGUAUCGUUUCUCAUACAGCUGGCAAUUCAGCUUCUCUAAUGUUAUGGCUAAAAAUUUAAAGAACUAUGGUGUGUGCCAUUCAGACGACGUAAUCCUUUUCCUGCAAUACCUGCCAAACGAAACAAAUCGUACGAAAGAUAUACAGAUGAGGGAAGCUCUUCUAGAUAUGAUUUGCAGCUACGCUAGCACUGGAGUCCCAGAAUUUCCGGGCUGUUCCGAAUGGUUGACAGUUGUCCCGGGAAAACCUGAAUUAGACUACCUCGAGAUAGCUGGACCUAGGAACGCGAAGAUGAAUCGCACAGCAAAUUUCGGAAAUAAAUAUUUCUGGGAUAGCCUCGACUUCAACGAGAACGAAAACUAUCGCGGCAACAGAAGAAGAUAUUGACUUCCAUUCUAUAUAAUAAUAUUAUAAAUGCGAAAGUGUGUCUGUCCGUCUGUUUGCAAGCUUUUUAUGGCCUAUUCACUUAACUGAUUUUGACAAAAUUUAUACAGAUAUAAUAUGACGGACAUAGGCUACUUUUAGUCUCGGAAAAUCAAAGGCUUCCCACGGAAUUUUUAAAAAACCUAAAUCCACAUAGAUGAGUUUGCAGGCCUCAUCUACUUGGUAGAUGGUACCUACUUGCAAAUAGAUUGAGAUAGCAUGCAUUAUGGGAUAUAGACUACCUAUUAUAUCUCGGGAAAUUGAUGAGCUCCCCGGGGAAUUUUUAAAAUGCAAGUUAAUAAAAUAUGUA